AUGACCAAACACUUGCUAGUUCUUGCUGUUGCCAUAUUCACAUUGGCAGCAGCCACCACAGCUGCUGCUGCUCCAGUGUCUCCUAGGAAGUCUACUGGAGACUUCUUAACUGCACAUAACAAAGUGAGAGCCGCAGCUAAGGUUCACCCUCUCUCAUGGAGUCCUAAUCUAGCCCUUAAGGCUAGCCAGAUAGUUCAAGAUCAACCUAACCUCAAGACUUGCAACUUUGCCAAGUUACCCGAACCGAAGUAUGGUAUCAACAAGUGGCGAUCAAUUGGGCUUCUAGGAUGUGCACCACAAGCUGUGGUGGAUCGGUGGAUGGAGGAGAAGGCGAAUUAUAACGACGAAACGAAGUCGUGUUUCCCGAACGAGGAAUGCCGGUCAUACCUCCAGGUUGUGGCGAGGAAUACAGGUUUUUUAGGGUGUGGAGAAGCUGCAUGCAAUGGAACAAGUGGCGGGUGUUUGGCUGUGUGCCUCUAUAAUCCACCUGCCAGGGGAACUGCGUAG